UGAUGACGCAAACGCGGCCGUGUAAGCUACGCGUCGGGAAAGGCGCCCUCCAAAUCAUAUGAGAGCUUCAUAUUAACCACAAAGGUUUUCCACUAUCAUAAUCUAAAAAGAUAAGCUGCAGAAUUUCUCCUAUUAAUUAUUCAAUCCAACAUGCUAGCCUCCAACUUCUGUACAACCUCGUUAACACUUCAAUUACUAUGUCUGUUAUGCAUGCUUUUUCUUGCAUCUGCAUCAGCAGCCAUUUACAGUGCCCACUACUGCAGCAAUGAAACCUUUUACUCACCCAACACCAAAUUUCAAUCCAACUUGAAUACCCUUCUCUCUUCUCUUGUUUCAAACUCCUCCCUUCCCUCCAACAGCGGUUUCCUCCGAACCUCCGUCGACGACAUUGACGGCCGUUUCCUCUGCCGCGGCGACGUCAACCCGACCGUCUGCCAUGGCUGCGUCGCCGCAGCAGCAGCCAACAUAACUCGCCUCUGUCCCAACGAUACCGAGUCCUACAUCUGGUACGACGAGUGUACGCUAAUCUACUCCAACAGCACCUUCGACAAUGAUGACAUAGUUCCCGGGUAUCCCCUCAACGACGAAGGAAGCACCGUUAACUCAAAUCAGGACCACUUCAACCAAUUACUGUCGAACUUGUUAAACAGUUUGGAGGGAAAAGCUUUGGCGAGUUCCAUGGGAGAGAAGAAGUUCGCCGCAGGUGCGGUGAGUGUGACGACCGCGCAAACGCUGUAUGGAAUGGCGCAGUGCGAGCCAGACUCAACGAGUGGUCGCUGUGAGGCGUGCUUUCGAAGCGCAAUUGCAGCUAUUCCAUCGUGUUGCAACGGAAGCGGAGGAGCAAGGCUUCUGCUUCCCAUCUGUAGCAUCAGAUACCAACUGCAUCCUUUUCUGUACAAUUCCACCAUGCUCAUUCCUUCUUCAGGUAGCAAAAGUACAUUGAUGAUCGUGGCAAUUGUUCUCCCGAUUGCUAUUUUGGCGCUGUUCUUGUUCAUAGGAUGCUGUUGGUGGCGAAGAAGGCAAAGAGAAAACCGUGAGGAUGUCCAGGACGUGAAUGAUAGCCUUAGGAGAUAUUUGACUGAGGAAGAGUCUUUGCAUUUUGACUUGGCUACAAUAGAAGCAGCCACAGAUAGUUUCUCAGAUGAGAUGAAGAUAGGAGAAGGUGGAUUUGGGGCGGUUUAUAAGGGUACCUUUCCUAAUGGAGAAGAGAUAGCUGUGAAGAGGCUAUCAAGAACCUCCCUCCAAGGUGACAGAGAAUUCAAGAACGAGGUUCUACUUAUUGCUCAGCUUCAACACAAAAACUUAGUUAGACUGUUAGGCUUUUGUAUGGAGAGAACGGAGAGGAUACUGGUUUACGAGUUUAUCCAAAAUUCCAGCCUCGACCACUAUCUAUUUGGUCACGAAGACCAUGGAGUUCUAGACUGGGCAAGACGUUACAAAAUUAUAGUUGGGAUUGUACGUGGAGUUCAAUAUCUCCAUGAAGAUUCUCGGCUAAAAGUAAUACACCGCGAUCUCAAGGCAUCUAAUGUUUUACUAGAUGCCGAUAUGAAUCCAAAGAUUUCCGACUUUGGAAUGGCAAAGGUUUUCCAUGGAGAUCAAAGUCAAGAAAAUACAAGAACAGGAAGGGUAGUUGGAACUUUGUAAGUUAAAUGUAAUUGUAGAUUAUGGUAUACCUUAUACCAGCUGAAAGAAUUGUUUCUG